AGCGGAUGGGCUGAGCCGAGCCGUGCCGAGCCGAGCCGUGCCGAGCCGUGCCCGCGGCCCUGCAGCCCGGUAGGGGCUGGGGGAGGCCGGGCCCCCCCGGCGCCCUCGAGGGCCGAGGUGCGAGAGCCCCUCCCGGCGGGGCAGGGGCAGGUGCGCAGCCCGGGGCGAGCGGCGGGCGGGCCCCCGGGAGCGAUGGAUUUUCGGGGGAAGAAGUACGAGCGCGGCAGUAACUGGUCGGACCCCGAGGUGGUGGAGCUGCUGCAGCUCUGGGCCGACGAAUCGGUGCAGAUAGAGCUGGAGAGCUGCUUGCGCAACCAGCACGUCUUCAACCGCAUCGCCGAGGUGCUGCGGGAGAAGGGAAUCCACCGGACGGGCGACCAGUGCCGGGAGAAGAUCAAGAAGAUGAAGCUGGAGUACCGGCGGAUCAAGGACAAUAGCAAGGCUCCACGGGGCGGGCGGACGUGGAAGUUCUACGAGGUGAUGGACCGGGUGCUGACCAGCCGGCCGGCCCUGGCCUAUGGGUCUCUGAGCGGCAGCAUGAUGGCUCAGCAGGUGCUGCAGGGCAGCAUGGUGGAGAGCUACCACCAUCAGUUUGCCUCCUCGGCCCUGCCCUUUGGACACUCCCAGCACCCUGAACUGAUGGAAAUUAAAUGUGAGGAGGUGAACUCUGAUGACCACAGCUUGACCCCAGAGCCCCCACAAGCCAUGUCUUACCAGCAGGGCUCCCCUGAAGAACAGGAGAUGGAGAGAGCCUUCUUGGAGAGGGCCCAAAACGACUCUCCCAUCUCCAGGGUGGAGAUUCCCAUUGAAACCAAUGUUUCACCUUCAGGUUUCAGUGAUCCCAACAUGUCAAACUCAUCACGGAUCCAGAACGUUGUUCCCCGGCCUGGCUUCUCUGCCUUGCACCGACUGAGAAAAAAGCGGAAAGGCCAGCGCAUGAGGGACCCGCUUGAUGAUCUCUUGCUGAAGACUCUGACAUCUCAGCGGGCCAUGGAAGAGCGCUUUUUGCAGAUGGAAGAACGCCGAUUUCAGCGAGAUCUGGAUGUGGAGGAGCGUCGAAUGCAACUGGAGCAGCGACGGUUUGAACUGGAGCGGGAGCAUGAGUUUCGCAUGUUCAAUGUCUUCGCUCAAAUGCUCAGCAUCCUAAAGCAGAGCCAUAGCAGCUCCUCCUCCUCUGUUGUCAUGCCUCGGAGCUUGGACUUCAGCCAGGCACUGUCUGAAAUGGAGGGAAUGGGAGGAGGAGGGGGCAACCUGCAAGAGAUGAGAGUUCGUCCACUUACCAAGAGGAAGGUUGACAUGCAUGGCUUCUGUAACCCCAACGGCUUCCAGAGAAGCCCCUAUCUCUCUGCUCGUGGCAACUUUGCCAAUAUGUUUCAGGGCUCCACUGAGGAAGGGUACAAAGCUUAUCAUGCUGACAAAUAUGAUGAAGACAAGAACCCCAAUGGUAUAAUAAACUUUGGCACCAGUGAGAAUAAACUCUGCUUUGACCUGAUGUCUAAGCGGCUGACACAGACUGAUAUGGAUCUGAUGGAGCCUUCACUGCUUCAGUAUCCUGACUGGAAAGGACAUCUGUUUUUACGUGAGGAAGUGGCUCGAUUUUUGACCUAUUAUUGCAAGGCCCCUGCACCUCUUAAAGCAGAGAAUGUCAUUGUUUUAAAUGGCUGUGGCUCUUUAUUUUCUGCAUUAGCUACAGUCCUUUGUGAUCCAGGGGAAGCUGUUCUGAUUGCUACUCCCUUUUACGGUGGUAUUACCCAGAGUAUCUUCCUCUAUGGUAAUGUCAAGCUGGUGUAUGUCUGUUUAGACAGUAAGAUUACUGGAACAAACACUCGACCUUUCCAGCUUACAGUGGAAAAACUGGAAAAAGCUUUGCAGGAUGCCCAGGCAGAGGGUGUCACUGUAAGGGCCUUAAUUCUUCUGAAUCCCCAAAAUCCCCUUGGGGACAUCUACUCUUUGUCAGAGCUACGGGAUUACCUGGAAUUUGCGAAAAGACAUGAAUUGCAUGUGAUAGUAGAUGAGAUCUACAUGCUGUCAGUUUUUGAUGAAUCAGCCACGUUUCACAGUGUCCUAAGCAUGGACAGAUUGCCUGAUCCACAGCGGACUCAUGUGAUGUGGGGAAUAACCAAGGAUUUUGCUGUUUCUGGGAUUCGUUUUGGUACUUUAUAUACAGAGAACCAAGACGUUGCUAAUGCAGUGGCUUCUUUGUGUUAUUUCCAUGGGGUUUGUGGACCUGUCCAGCACAAGGUUGCACAGCUGCUUAAAGACAGAGACUGGAUCAACCAGGUGUACCUGAGGGCCAACCAUGCCCGCCUAAAAGCUGCCCAUACGUAUGUGACAGAUGAGCUGAAGACACUUGGGGUUCCUUUCCUCAACCGCAACGCAGGCUUCUUUGUUUGGAUUGAUUUCCGAAAGUACCUUAAGACAGGCACAUUUGAGGAGGAGUUGCUACUCUGGAAGCGUUUUCUGGAUAAUAAGGUCCUCCUGUCCUGCGGAAAAGCCUUUGAAUGCAGUGAACCUGGAUGGUUCCGCAUCAUCUUUGCUGACAAGACCCACCGGCUACAGUUAGGUAUGCAGCGGAUACGCAAGGUUUUGGAAGAGCGGGAGCAGGAGAUACUGGCAGAGGAGAAGGAGCAGCCCUGUCAGUCAGAUCAGGAUGGCAAAGCAGAUAGCACAGAUGAAGUGAUUUUUGUAUCCCGCCACCAGGAGCCUACCUGUGCCAACAGCUCCAACCUUGGUGACCUCAUUGGCCUCCUGCAACAACAGAUGCGUUCUUCUGACUGGCUACAGAAAAAUACAGCUGAGCAGUUUGCACAGGAAAAGCCAGAGAUCUAUGAUGUGUUCAGCAAACUGGUGGGGAAGCAGUAACAGUCUGUGUUCCUUCAGAGGCAUUCCUGAGCAGUGACUGACCCUGGGACCCUUACAGCUCAUAAGUGACUUCCAGCAAAUAAUAUAUUUUCUGUAUAGCAAGAAAAUUACUUUGUAAGCCCCCUCCUCUUCCCCCAUUUGAGAUCUCUAAUUUGUACUAUAUAGGUGUAUUCCUUGGAUUGGGGUGAGGGUAGGGAAUGGGGAGGGGGGUCUUGUUUUCCUGCUGCUCCCUGUCCUGCAGCAUCAUUGUAUUUUGUAUUUCAUUUCUAAUGAAUAUGCUCUUAACUCUCUUAUAAAGUCCUGUGGUGUCAUUUUUUUUCUUCUUACUUUGCACUUUCCAAGAAGACAGAGACUUCAGUUUGUUAAAAUGUGUAAAAGUUUCUCUUUUCCUGAAGGAUGAUCAGAUGUGACUAUUUUGGGGCCAGAAGAUCACUACUGUCAGAAAGAGGUGUUUUGGGGAGAUAGAACCUGGUGUCAGCCCAAACUUAGCCCCAGCUAAGGGUAAAUAAGCAUGUGUGCAGAUUCAUCUGCAUGAGUGAGGCUGUUUUUGAACCAUGGUCAUCUAGACUGAGUUCUGUAAAGCUUUCUUUUUCAGUUUAAACUAGAUCUAACCUCAGAUCAGACAGUAUCCAACACCCUCGGUUGAUGAAAUGCCUGUUUUUGUUUUUAUUCUACUUUUUUAUAUUCACGUAAAUAAACAGCAUUCAUUGGCCUCUUGGUAGAAUGUCCACAAAAGGGCUAUGAACAGAGAGGCAGUUGAAAGUAAAUGUUCUUUCUACAGCCUUCCUAUUCCUGGAAGUCCAUCCUGUCUGGUUAACAGUGAGGUAUAUUGGCAGGACAGUGCAGAGAAUGCUUCUGCCACCAUGCUAGGUGUACCUGCAGGUGCAUCUGCUUCUGUCACCUACCACAGGUUUCCAAGGUGGCACUUUCCACCAUUAUCAGGAUAAUUAAGGCAAUUUUUUGUCUGUGCUUGUCAAUUUGCAGAGUAAUUUUUUGACUAAACAGUAUUCUUCCACCUCCUCUCCUUCCUCCCUUUCCCAUUUUAAUACACUUUUCUGUAUGCUGGUGAUAGUGUUUUUCAGUUGGAAAGCUUCUUUCACAGAUACAAAGCUCUUUAAUUUCUGGUACUGUAAAACUUUAGAUAUCUUAAAGGAAUUGAAACUGUUUCUUCUGCAUACAUAUUAGUCCAGAGUUGAAGGAAACUGCCCAUGAAGAUGGCAUGGAAGUGCACCUUUCCCCUCUUGUAAUUUGUUCUAAUAGCAACCAAGUUUCAUCUUGGUGACAUUGUAGAAUCUGUUUAUAUAAUGAGCUAGAGAGGUGAAAGAUAAAAUUCUGUCUAGAUUCUGUGCUGUCAGAACAGUUGAAAUUUGCUGAUCACAAAUGAAGAACUAUCUUCUACUCUUCUGAUCAAGCUCCAAUAUGAAAAAAAUCCUCCAUCCCAUGAAAUACUUGCAUCUUGCUUAGAUUUGUAGAUCAUUCAAGAGAAGGGUGUUAUUGAGAGCUAGCAGGAAAUUCAUAUUAGUCUCUGUUUCAAUCUUUAAGUACACCAGCUUUCAUUUUAUAGUUACUUUGUGAGGUUGGACAUUCAUGUCAGUGAAUGCUGGCUCACAGUUGUACCAUUAUCGCUCUGUUAGUUUUGUUCUUGGGCAUCAUAGAUUUUGGCAGAUGGGCAAGAGUGACAAAAGCAUAUGUCUGCGUUAUAAACCAAGUUACCCAGGCAUAGGUAGCAAAUAGUUAAUGUGAUCACACAUUAAUGUAUGGUGAUGGUGGAAAAUUGCCUGGAUGGUGAAAAGUCUGAGCAGUGGCUGAGGAGAUGGUGCUGCAGAUGGCUGCUGUUAGCAGUAACCAGCUUCUCCCUCAGAAGCCAGCAAUGAGGCGAGGCUGUUGAGGCGGUUGAUAAGACCAGUGUAAGGGAUAGUUAUAAACAUCAUGUUUGUUUACUAGUUUGGCAUUUGUCCACGUACAGUAUUUUAAAGGACAUUUUUUAUUGUAAUUUGCUUUCCAUUUCAUCUUAGGGGUCCACAAAGUAAGCUAUAGUAGAAGACAGGUCUCCUUAAUGGAACGGAAGGUGAGAUGUGCAGUCAAAAUACAAAUGGACUUCCUGAUUUACCCCCUCAUAUUUAGUACCCCAAGGAGGAGCUAAGCAACAAAAAUUUAGGGAGCAAGCUGUUUGAAAUCAGGAACCAGGUAAGACAGUAUAGGCAUUAGUUGAAGUGGCAUUUCAGGGAAUUCCUGUAACAAACUCAACCCCUUAAUUGCUCCUAAUUUUCUUUUGUCGUUCUAGUCACUCUUAUGAUUGGAGUAUGUGAAUAUACAACAGUAAUAAUUAAUAUAACGUUUUUCACCUGUAUAUGUUUACUGCUCAGAAAGCAGAUUUAUUGUACUGUCUCUGUGUGCAUGCAGCUAGUAAAGCACACCUCUGUGGGAAAGAGGGUGUAAUACGCCUUUAAAAUCCUCACAGCUAAUAUAGUAUGGCCCACAGUCACUUCCAUCUGAGCUUGCUGGAACUCAAAAUAACAGAACACACAAACACACACUUUGUUGCAUGGAGUAUUUUCCAUGGGUUUUUUUCCAUUUUUUUCAGCUGAGGAGCUCUCCACUAAGGCAUUUUAGCUUGGUCACAGAAAACAAAAAAUUAACUGGAAAUGAGGCAAGAGAGAAAUGUGGUGUCCUAAGUCUGCUGUUGAAAUAAGCAAUGUUUUUUGUUGACUGUACAAACCACAUAAAUUUUGCAAAUGGCCUUUACUGCUUGACAAGAAUUAGUAAACAUGUAGAAGGUCCUGUGCAUAUGUAUGUAGAAGCUAAAUCAACUCUUAUUUGCUCUGACUACCUGGAGAGAAAAAAACACGAACUCUGCCUGUACAAAUUGUUUGUUCCUUCUGCUACCUCCAUGUUAGAUGUUCUCUCUACUUACUGUAUCUCAUAAUUCUCAUUAAUGACUUUUUUUUUUCUUCCUGUGUGUCAAAUCUUUACAGAAAAAAAAAUAGAGAAAUGAUUAGGAACUCUCCCAUCCAGUCCCUGCCCCUGCAUUUCUUUUGACCAGUUUGUUAAGCAAUAGACAAAAGAGCAGCAUCUCAAAUGAAUCCAGUCAGAUCUAUAUUUUUAAAAAUUGCUACAUUUCAUCUAAAAUGAGAAAUGCCACCAAGAUUAAUAUAACAGUGUGAGCUUGUGCUCAUUAUAAUAAAACAAGAUGAUAAAAUCUCCUUUGCAUACAACUUUUGUGCUCCAGUUAUUAUUUGUUUGAGCAUAGAAAGGAUCCUAGAUAGUUAUCCUUGCCACAUUCCAGUAACACUCUCUCUGUCUCUCUCUCUCUGUUCCCCUUCUUCACAACCCCACCCCAUUCUCUCUCUCUACUCCAGAGAAAUGUUCAGCAUUUUUAGGUUAGAAGUGGGAAUUUCCUAUGCAGCACUGCUCUCAGCCACAGAAACUUCCCUAACACACAUUUCAGGCAUAGACUUGACAUUUUCAUGCUUGUGGGAGGGGAAAAUCUAUGAAUUUCCAAAUUAUUAACCUGUGUUACAUUGCAGUUAAGCAGACAAAAUAAAUGAGGCCCAUUCUAAAUAAGUAUUUAGGAGGGAU